AUGGUAGGCUCGGGGGAGGCCGUGGCUGUAGAAGAGAGGAAAGCAGGUGUCCAAGUGGGCAAGGAGGGCUUCUUGCACAGGAGCAGGGGCCCCUGCAGCCUGGCCCUGCAGAGUUUGGGUCCCUUCCGCUGCACCAAACACAAGAGAAGGGUUCCACACAAGAUCGUGGAGGCUGCGGCCGCUCUAGCCGCCCUUCUCGCCGGCUCCGCUGGGAGGCGGACGCACCCGCGGGGGUCCCUCCAAGAUGGCGGCGCAGAGGAGGAGUCUCCUACAGAGUGUGUGACCGCUCUGUUCUCCUCUCCCUGGGCUGGCCCUCAUCUAUUCCCCGGGCCGGGGGCGCGCGCCGGCAGGACGGCUCUGCGGGACUCGCGCAUGCGCGUCGCCAGGCCGUCGGCCGAGGUCACAGCCUUUUGGAAAGGUCCUAGCGUCCCGGAGCUUCUAGAACUCCUAGGCUCCUCACUGCUGGGCCGGCGCGCUGGCCCGGGCGUCCGGGGUGGAAGUCAAAAGGUACUGCUAAGGACUGAGCAGCAGCCAAGCUGGACAGAUGACCUGCCACUCUGCCAUCUCUCUGGGGUGGGCUCAGCUUCCAACCGUAGCUACUCUGCUGAUGGCAAGGGCACUGAGAGCCACCCACCUGAGGACAACUGGCUCAAGUUCAGGAGCGAGAACAACUGCUUCCUCUAUGGGGUUUGCAAUGGCUACGAUGGCAACCGUGUGACCAACUUCGUGGCCCAGCGGUUGUCGGCGGAGCUCCUUCUGGGCCAGCUCAGCACUGAGCACACUGAGGCUGACGUGCGGCGUGUACUGCUACAGGCCUUCGAUGUCGUAGAGAGGAGCUUCCUGGAGUCCAUCGAUGAUGCGCUGGCUGAGAAGGCGAGCCUCCAGUCUCAGCUGCCCGAGGGCGUCCCGCAGCACCCGUUGCCGUCUCAGUACCAGAAGCUCCUCGACAGACUACGAGUGUUGGAGAAGGAGGUCUCCGGAGGGGCCAUGGCUGUUGUGGCGGUCCUUCUUAACCACAAGCUCUACGUCGCCAACGUUGGUACGAAUCGUGCACUCCUAUGCAAAUCCACGGUGGAUGGGCUACAGGUGACGCAGCUGAAUGUUGACCACACUACAGAGAACGAGGAUGAGCUUUUCCGCCUCUCACAACUGGGUCUGGACGCAGGAAAGAUCAAGCAAGUGGGGAUCAUCUGUGGGCAGGAAAGCACCAGGCGCAUUGGGGAUUACAGGGUCAAGUAUGGCUACACGGACAUUGAAUUGCUCAGUGCUGCUAAGUCCAAACCCAUCAUCGCUGAGCCCGAAAUCCACGGAGGGCAGCCCCUGGAUGGGGUGACUGGCUUCCUGGUGCUCAUGUCCGAGGGACUCUACAAGGCCCUGGAAGCAGCCCAUGGGCCCGGGCAGGCCAACCAGGAGAUUGCAGCAAUGAUUGGCACGGAGUUUGCCAAGCAAACCUCCCUGGACGCUGUGGCUCAGGCCGUGGUGGACCGGGUGAAGCGCAUCCACAGUGACACCUUCGCCAGUGGCGGGGAGCGUGCCAAAUACUGCCUCCGGCAUGAGGACAUGACCCUGCUGGUGAGGAACUUUGGCUACCCACUGGGUGAGAUGAGCCAGUCCACACCGACCCCGUCCCCAGGAGGCCGCGUGUACCCUGUGUCUGUGCCCUACUCAAGUGCUCAGAGCACCAGCAAGACUAGUGUGACACUCUCCCUCGUCAUGCCCUCCCAGGGCCAGAUGGUCAACGGGGCCCACAGUGCGUCCACCCUGGAUGAAGCCACACCCACCCUCACCAACCAGAGCCCGACGCUGACCCUACAGUCUACCAACACACACACCCAGAGCAGCAGCUCCAGCUCGGAUGGCGGCCUCUUCCGCUCCCGACCGGCCCACUCACUCCCACCUGGCGAGGAUGGCCGUGUCGAGCCCUACGUGGACUUUGCCGAAUUUUACCGCCUCUGGAGCGUGGACCAUGGGGAGCAGAGUGUGAUGACAGCACCGUAG